AAACCCUUGUUUAAAAACCAUCGAGGUGGCGUUCAAUGCGAGUCACUUCCAACAAAAACAAAUAACAGAACUUAGAGGAGUAAUUUCGUCGAACAUUUGGCGUGAGUCGUGAAAAAGGAUGAAAGCCAACAAGGCAACUGUCUUAACACUAGCUGAGAAAUGCAAGAAUAUACUGGCGGCAAAUUGGCAGGGUCACCUCAAUACCAUCAAAGCUGAUGCCAAAGGAAGCAAAGAAGACAUAUACACCUCAAAAGUCAAGUACAUAAUAAAUAGGGGCAGACCAUACCUCUGGGUACCUGAAAAGGAGCUUCAUAAUGUGAACACAAUUAUUGAUGAACGUGGUUCAUUUGCAGUUGCUAGUCCUUUCCCAGGCCCUCUGGCUAAGUUACUUAGAUCAAUUAAAAAGUUACCAACUCGAGCUGCUUUAAGUGGGGAUCUUGUGCCUCUUAAAAGUGAAAAGGCUCAGUCAGCUUCAGAAAGUCUUAAAGAAAUCAUUCUGUCUGAACAACGGGUGAUCAGUGAAUCCAGUUAUACAGUUUCUGGUGUAUUAAGUUCUUCUGACUUUAUUACUGCUUCCCGAAGUGAAAACCUCAAGGAGCUAAUUGAUGAGGGAGAAAAAUACGAGAUUUAUAAGUUUAAUUUAAGUUCAUGCAUGUUUAUUGAUGGCAACGGGUGCAAUCAUAAAGUAGACUUGAAGGAUAUUGAGACAUGUAAAUCAGAUGUGAUAGCACCUCUUUCUGCUAAUCUAAUUGAUGGCAUUAACCAAAGUGAAGCAAGGCGCAAGGCGUUGAUGCUUUUUUGCUUCAUAUACGCAAAUGCAAAUGCAAGAGAUGCAUUUAUGCUUUCUGUUGAUAGCAAAGGAUUUGAUGUGCUGGGAAAGGUUCCUAAUCCGGUAAUGACGGAUGGAAUCGGCGAAUUCCAGUGGAAAGAAUUCAGGUUCACAUUCAAGGAAGAGGCCCAUGAUGUUGAAAGUUUUUGCCGUCAACUAGUGGAAAUGGAAGAAGAGGUUGUCAAAAUGGUUUCAAACUACAGCGGUCUUUAAUAAUAUAAGCAGAGUCCAAUCUAUUUGUUUUCAUUCUUGUUUUUAUUUCCCUUCUGUAAUGUAAUAUACAGAGUUGAUCUUCUACCCGUUUUGGCAA